AUGGCCGCGGUAUUAUUUAUUGUGACUAUACCCACCGAGGCCGAGGAACAGCGUCUGAAACAGGAAAUAUUAGCCCAUAAAUAUGAUGCGAAAUCGGAAAAGGCCGAAACAGCCACCCUUGCUGGUGGUAUUUCUCUGAAAAGUGCCACAGGAGUUGUGGCACCCAGUCGGACACCGUCAACGGCUGUCUUGACACAAACACCCACUGGUACCAGGAAAACAAAUGGCAGCAGUGAAACGGCCACAGGGGAUAGUGCAAGUGUUUCCAUUGCCCUGGAACAACAACAGACGAUGUCCAUGAAAUCCUAUAAUAAUACCAAUGCCACUGCCAGCGAUGAUCCCAACUCAACCCCAAAUCAAUUUGGUACAUUUCCCAAACGUCGGCGAAAAUCGGAAUAUCUUAUCAAGACCCAUGGGGAGGGUAGUUCUCUGAAAUCCAAUGGCAUUGGUGGUAGUUUGAAAAGUAUUAAUAAAAUACACACUCCAAGUUUCCUCAAAGAAAGACUUGCCUCUGGCCAGGAUAGUUCAACGACAACAAAAUCAAAAUCCAGCAAAAAGAAAGAACCCUCCGCAGAUACGGCCUUGACCUAUGACACAUGCAUGGAAACGGUGUUGAGGGUCAUACUCAAACGUUGUCAAAUAUCCAAUGCCAUGUGGGCAAAGGAUGAAAAUGGUCGCAUGUAUCAGCAUCACAUCCAAACCCAAUCGACCAGAAUAGAGGAGAUUCCUGUGAUUACGAGAGCUUUGUGGAUAGAUUCAAACAACUCUCUCAUAUAUUUUCUUUUUUUUUUCAAUUUUUUGCAGGUCUCUUUCACUGUUGAAUUCAAUGAAACCUAUGAAAAAAUAUUGGACGAUUUCAAUGAAUGGGGUAUUGGCGAUCGUGAGGGUUCAUCCGUUUCGGUUAUGAAUUGUAUUGCCUCCAAGGCAUUUUCAACAAAAGACGAAGAUGAUGAAGAUAAUGACGAUAAUGCUGACAAUUUCGACAAAAAACAAAGCGCCUGGGAGCGUUUUAUGAAUUCCGUCCGUAGUCGUUUAAAUGUGACACAAAUUGUACGAAAUGUACGCGAGGAUGCAUCAAUUACAUUUGAUUUUGUAGUAUUAUUGAUCUCAGCGGCGGUCCUAGCCGCUUUCGGUUUAAUCGAGAAUAGCACCAUAUUCUUGGCAUCUAGUAUGUUAGUAUCACCGUUAAUGGGUCCCAUUAUUGCCACCAUCUUCGGUACAGUCAUUAAGGAUAAGUCACUGUUCCGUUUGGGUAUGGUCAAUGAAUUGUUUGGUAUUUGUGCUGCGGUAUUGGUCGGUUUUGUAUUCGGUAUUAUUGUCUGUACCACCGAUGAACGUUAUAGCAUUGGUGAAGGUCUAACCGCUGAAAUUCUAUCGAGAUGUGAAUUACAUUCCUUGAUUGUGGGUGUAUUUACGGCGAUACCAUCGGGUGCAGCGGCUGCUAUUGGUAUAUUGGGUGGUAAUAUCGGAUCAUUGGUUGGUGUGGCAAUUUCAGCUUCGUUGUUGCCACCUGCAGUUAAUUCGGGUCUCCUUUGGGCCAUAGCCUUAAUCUAUAAAUGCUAUGAAAACGAUGAAACUAAAUUUCCCCAGGUGGUGAAGACCACCCAAUAUUCGGAAAAUCAAGCCAAUGAACUGGCUGUGUUGGCCACAAUCAGUAUGUGCCUCACCAUUUCGAAUAUUCUCUGCAUUUAUGUUAUGGGCAUUGUGGUAUUGAAACUAAAAGAAAUCGCACCGAUUUCCGGAAAUAAUCGUGAAUUUUGGAAACAUGAUAUUAAAAUUGCCCGCCACCUUAAACGUCGUCGUCUCGAUAGCGAUAAUGUUAUUAUGGAUGAAUAUGCUCACCUGCCGCAAGAGGAUCAAAAAGCCUUGGGUAUUAAUUAUGAUAUCUUGAGAACGAUACAAAUGGAUGAUGCUGCCUAUCAGCAUACAUGGUCGCCGGUCGGUACUCGUCAUCCCUUCGAGACAUCAUAUGAACCGAUGCGUGGUAAUUAUUCGACGGUACAUCAAAUCGAUCAACUGUAUGCGACCAUAACGCAUCAGACAACGAUGAAGGAGAAAAUGCAUAGAUUUGGUUUGGGUCGCCGACCCACUGGACGUAUGGUAGAUUUUGCAUCGUCCUAUAAACUGCUAAGUGAAAAUCUACCCCGUUCCCGUUGCUCAACAAUGCCCUCCAAGGUUAAUCCACCCACCGUUAAAAUUGUUACACCCGAUUCCUCAAAAUUUAACUCCUGCACAAAUACACCAUCCAUGGCCGGAGAAAAGAACCGACGCAAAUUUAUUGUAACCCCCGCCGAAGAUGAUCCACUGCAGCCAUUAAAUCCAUCGGAUGCUUAA